AUGGAGGUUGCUGUGAGCGAUACCCAUCAUGAGGACUUCAGCCUGUGGGGUCAGAACCUGGCGGAAGCGGAGGGGCUCAAAACCUCCGCAGCUUUCGAUGCCAAACUGACCUAUCCCUUUGACAUGGGUCAUCCGCCAUCUAGCAAACAGGCUUCCACGCCGACUGGCUUAGAGGCAGGUCAUGAUACGCACGAGCCAAUUGCCAUUUGUGGCAUGGGCAUGAGGUUACCAGGAAACGUCAGAACCAGCGAGCAACUAUGGGAACUGCUGGUGAACAAAGUCGAUACCCGGGGGGAAGUUCCAUCAGACAGAUGGAAUGCUGAAGCAUUUCAAGGGAAAGACAAGAGAUAUGGCUAUUUCCUCGAAGAUGUUGAUCUUAGCAAGGUGGACACAUCUUCAUUCAAGAUGUCAAGAGCUGAGAUCGAGAAGCUGGACCCCCAACACCGUGUCAUGUUGGAAGUCACAAGAGAAACGCUGGAGAAUGCCGGCGAAGCUGGGUGGCGUGGAAAGCAGAUUGGGUGCUACAUUGGCACCUGGGGAGACGACUGGAAAGAGCUGCAGACGAGAGACAAACUCGAGGCCGGCUUGGCCUCUGUCCAAAGCCACUCCGAUUUCAUGAUGGCCAACAAGAUAUCGUUCGAGUAUGACUUUAGAGGCCCAAGUUUGGUAGUCAAGACGGCAUGUUCAUCAGCCCUUGUCGCUCUUCACAUUGCCUGUACAGAUAUUCGAAAUGGUAGCACCACAUCAGCUAUCGUCGGAGGAGCUAACAUGCUCCUGACGCCAACUGGAACGCUGGCCAUGGAGCAAGCUGGAGUAUUAAGUCCAAACCAGUCCUGCCGCACAUUCGAUGCUGAUGCAGACGGGUACUGUCGGGCAGAAGCUUUCAACAUGCUCUACAUCAAGAAGCUUGACGCUGCCGUGCGUGAUGGAAAUCCUAUUCGAGCCAUCAUUCGCUCAACCUCUAGCAACCACGACGGCGUGGGCGAUGGCAGCAUGUUCGCCCCUAGCCCCUAUGGGCAAGAGGCAGCAAUUCGCGAAUGCUACCGCACCGCAGGCAUCGAGGACUUUGGCAGGACGGCGCAUUUUGAAUGCCACGGAACUGGUACCGGAGUUGGUGACCCGGUUGAAACCGAGGCCAUCGCCAAUAUCUGGGGCUCUAAUGGUGGUAUUACUAUUGGCUCUGCUAAGCCCAAUUUCGGUCAUUCAGAAGGUGCUUCUGGAAUCACUUCAGUUAUGAAAUCAAUUCUUGCGCUGGAGCAUAAGACCGUUCUUCCCAACAUCAAAUUUAACAAGCCAAACCCGAAAAUUCAAUGGGAAAGCGGGCUCAGAGUUCCAACUGAUUCGACCGCGUGGCCGAAAGACCGCAGUGAGCGUAUCAGUAUCAACGCCUUUGGUCUAGGUGGUUCAAAUUCACAUGUGAUUAUAGACUCCGCCGACUCCUUUGGCCUCGGAUCUUCUGUAUCGAACGGUGUAGCUCUCCCCCCGAUUGAAGAUUCACGUCCAAAGCUUUUGGUUGCUAGUGCCAACCGAGCCAGUUCAGCUAAGGAGGGAGCACAAAAUCACACUCAGUAUCUCGCAGCACAUCCUGAAAGGCUUAAUGACAUUGCACACACUCUCGCCCUCCACCGAGAACAUCUCCCAUGGAGGACAUUUGCAGUAACCAACGGGGUGGAACCCCCUGAGUUCUCAGCCCCUGUAAAGGCACCUUCAACCACACCACGGCUAAAUUUUGUCUUUUCUGGCCAAGGUGCACAAUGGGCAGGCAUGGGAGCAAAGCUCAUUGCGGACUUCCCCGCAGUUCGGGGCGACUUUGAGAAGAUGGAACAAGCUUUAUCAAACUUGGAUGCCGAAGUGGCCCCUAAAUGGAAGCUCAGAGAGGAACUACUCAAGUCGAAAGACGACAGCCUGGUUUCCAAAGCAGAAUAUGCUCAACCUCUGUCUACCGCCCUGCAAAUAGUGAUUGUAAACCUUCUACGAUCUUGGGGAAUUCUUCCGGCCUCCGUGGUUGGCCAUUCAAGUGGUGAAAUUGCAGCCGCAUACGCCUGUGGAGCAUUGACCAUGGAGCAGGCUAUCAUUUGUGCUUUCAUGAGAGGCUAUGCUACCACUCAUGUGACACGAGUUGGCGGUAUGGCCGCUGUUGGGCUGGGCAAAGAGGAUGCCCAGCCAUAUCUUGUCGAUGGGGUCAUAGUGGCAUGUGAAAACAGCCCUACGACAGUCACUCUGUCAGGAGAUUCAGAUAAGCUCGAUGAAGUGAUCCAGGCUCUGAAGAAGGAUUCCCCGGAUAUACUGGCAAGACGGUUACAUGUCGAUAAGGCGUACCAUUCCCAUCACAUGACGGAAGUCAGUGCUUUGUAUGAGCGUCUGACACCCACCUUCCAGAGUGAAGCACCUACAGUUCCCUUCUUCUCGAGUGUUACCAACACUGUCAUCCGGGAGGCAAAGGUCUUGGGAGCCAGCUACUGGAGACAAAACCUGGUGUCUCCAGUUCUCUUCAACACCGCUGUGCAAAAUCUCCUCCAGUGGCAAGAGAAAUCCACCGAUGGCCUCUUCUUGGAGAUCGGACCCCAUUCAGCUCUUCAAGGACCUAUUCGACAGAUCCAAAACUUCCUUAGUACAAAGUCGGCAUAUUUGCCAACAAUGGUGCGGAAUGAAAAUGACUCUGCUUCGCUUCUCCGCACUGCCGGCAGUCUCUUCGCCCAGGGCGUCAGCGUUGCCUUUGAAGCGGUAAAUCCCGCUGGUAGAGUCGUGCCUGAUCUUCCAAGAUAUUCUUGGCACCACGACACUAGUUUCUGGUACGAGAGUCGCCUGACGAAAGAUUGGAGAUUUAGAAAAUGGGCACAUCACGAGAUUCUUGGCUCAUCAAUUGUGGAAUGUUCCGCUUUGGAGCCCAUGUGGCGGAAUCUUCUCAAAGUCGGCGAUAUCCCGUGGCUUCGUGACCACAUGGUGGCAAAGGAUAUUAUUCUUCCAGGUGCGGCAUACAUGAUUAUGGCCUGUGAGGCAAUGCGACAGUUCUCGAACGAGUCAACGAAGGGAUUCUCUUUGAGAAAUGUCAGCCUCACCACCGCCUUGGUCUUGCAAGAAUCAACUCCUGCCGAGACUAUCUUCGCCCUGCGUCCGGUGAAGCUCACAAAGUCUCUUGAUUCAGUGUGGCAUGAGUUCACGGUAUCCUCAUACAAUGGGACCACUUGGACACAACACUGUGCUGGGCAAGUCCGCGUAGGUUCUGAUAGUCCACCUGAACCCCGGAAGAUCAGUGACCUGCCCCGUAAAGCCGAUAUAAAGGGUUGGUACACGACAGCUCAAAGCCUUGGAAUCUAUUUUGGACCGCGGUUCCAAGGUCUUGACCCCGAGCGCACAACGGCACACCCUCUUCGCAAUGUGCUUGUUGGCCAUAUUUCCAACAAUAUUGCCGACAUUGUACAGGAGGAGGAACCAGCGUAUCCUCACGUACUCUUCAUUGACUAUUGCCUGCAAUUAUUAUUGCAAGCCCCCAGCAGAGGCAUCAAUAGAAAGCUCCGUGGCCUGGCGCUACCCACAUUUAUCGGCAGCUUCUACAUUGGAAAGCCACCUGCCGAUGGGGAGGUUGCCGUCGAAGUAUCCGCAGAUAUUGUCAAGAGGGGAGAUAUUCAGGGAAAUUGCUACAGUGCCGCCAAUGAUGGGGGGGUUGUCGUCCAGCUCGAGAACGUGAAGCUCACCGCUUCGGCAGAAAGAGAAGAGACGAAACUCAGCGACAGCGUCAGGAUCCAAUGGAAGAGCGAUCUUGAUAACCAACAGCUUAGCAAGCUGCUUGUCUGCGAGAGAAACUCUGUGGAAGUCAGAAAGGCUACCAUAGUGUUGCAAAAGCUCCUCCUCCUUAGCUGUGUGGAAGGACAGGCUCGUCUCGAUGGCCUGGAGACCAUUGCUACAGACCACUUGGAAAAGUUCCGCCAAUGGCUUAACAAGGAAGUCAAUACUGCUCAUGCUGAGGGAUACCUAAUGGUUGAUGACACGCCUCAAAUGCUCGCGUUGUCUCCUUCAGAGCGUUAUGAAACAAUCGCCCGCUUAGAGAAGGAGUUGCAGCAAACUCAACUCGCCCCACUGGCCACAGCCAUCAAGCGAAUCUUAGACUCUAUCAAACCAAUUUACACUGGGGUGAUCCCAGGUCUUGAUGUGCUGAGACAAGAUGACUUGCUUACACAAAUUUACAACACGACACACGAUUGGGACUUGUCUAAGUUUGUGCGUUUGUUGAGCCACCGCACGCCAAACCUUCGUAUCCUGGAGAUUGGCGCUGGAACUGGAGCUACGACAGCACUGAUUCUUCCAAAUUUGAUCUCUGAAUACGGUGAGCGUAUGUUCGGCUCAUACGUCUUCACUGAUAUUUCAGCAGGUUUCUUUGGAGCUGCGAAGGAGAGAUUCGGAAACCUGCAGGGGAUGCAGUUCCAGACACUCGACAUCGGCAGAGACCCAGAGGAGCAAGGUUUCGAGCUGGGGUCGUUCGAUCUUAUUGUUGCCGCAAAUGUUCUCCAUGCUACACCUAGCCUCCAAGUGACCCUGUCUAAUACCAGGAAGCUGCUGCGGAACAACGGUAAGCUGCUUCUCCAGGAGAUGCAUUCGGCAACGAAGCCCUCAAACUACGUAAUGGGUGUUCUUUCUGGAUGGUGGCUUGGUGAAGCCGAUGGACGCGCGGAUGAACCGUACAUUUCUCCUGAAAGAUGGGACAAGGAGCUUACCAACACUGGAUUUGGCGGCGUAGAGGCUGCUAUUCUCGACGACGAGGAACCUUACUCAACGAACGCUUUCAUCAUCGCUUCUCCCAAGAUUGACAAGGCCCCCGCCUCCAAGGUCAACAUUCUUUCUUCAAAGCCCGAUGGACCUGUGGCUGAGUCAAUUUCAACUGCAUUGAAGAGCCAUGGUCUUGCAGUGGAGUUUGUCUCCUUGUCCGACCGAGCCCUGGAAGGUGGUAUCAUCUCCAUCCUGGACCUUGAAGGCGAUGCUAUCUUUGACAACAUCACUGAAGAGACAUACAACAAUCUCCGCGGCUUCUUGUCAACGUUGAAAUCCAAGGCGCUUUGGUUGACAAAGCCAUGCCAAAUCGAGGCCACUGAACCACAGUAUGCCGCCAUCAUCGGUCUUACUCGAACGCUUCGCAAAGAAGUGGGCAUCAGUAUCGGCACUCUGGAGCUCGACGAGAUAGAGUCCGCAGGGGCUAAGAAGGCAAUCUUUGAUAUCUAUCAGAGGCUUCAUUAUGACCCUGUAUCCGCAGAGGUCGAUCCUGACUACGAGUUUGCCUGGUCGAAUGGCGAUAUCCAGCUUCCCCGAUGCCACUGGUUUUCAGUCACCGAUGAGGCUUCCUUUAAGAGACAAACUAGCGGCCUUACCGUGAAGACACUCCAGAUCGAAAAGCCAGGUUCUCUGAAGACACUGAAGUGGUCAGAAGCGUCAUACCCGGAGAUUGGGGCAGGUAAUGUUCUCGUGGAUGUUCGUGCUGUAGGAAUGAACUUCAAGGAUGUUCUCAUCGCGAUGGGCGUUGUGGACGGUGUUCUGGGCCAUGAGUGCGCAGGAGUCGUCACGGCCGUGGGCUCCGGAGUUUCCGGACUCCAAGUGGGCGACAGAGUUGCCGCUGUGGUUCAUGAAGGAUUCACAACAACAGCACUAGUACAAGUUGACCAUGUUGUCAAGAUCCCCGACGAGUUGAGCUUUGAAGACGCAGCUACGAUGCCAACUGUGUACACCACUGUCAUUCACAGUCUUCUGAAUCUUGCCCAUCUUGAGGCAGGCCAGACCGUUUUGAUUCACUCAGCAUGUGGUGGUGUUGGUUUGAGUGCAAUUCAAAUCUCGCGACUAAUAGGUGCAGAGAUCUUUGCUACAGUAGGAAGCGAGGAGAAGGUCCAGUAUCUUGUGGACAAUUUUGGCAUUCCCCGUACUCGGAUAUUCAACUCCAGAGAUUCCAGUUUCAAGCAAGGUGUUCUGAAAGAGACUGGAGGCAAGGGAGUGGACGUGGUCUUGAACUCUCUGUCCGGGGAGCUUCUUCAUGCAUCGUGGCAAUGUGUUGCUGAGUUUGGUACCAUGGUCGAGCUCGGAAAGCGUGAUUUCAUCGGUCAAGGUCGCCUUGCCAUGGACACCUUCGAGGAUAACCGUGCCUUCUUUGGCGUCGAUAUGAGCAAGUUCUACCAGAAGCGACCAGUACAGACCAAGAAAUUACUGGAGCAGAUGAUCAAGUUCUACCAGGAGGGCCAGGCUCAAUCAAUCAAACCCAUCAGGGCGUUUGAUGCAGUUGAUAUACAAGAGGCAUUCAGAUUCAUGCAAAACGCCCAGUAUAUUGGCAAGCUGGUCAUCCGCAUUCCAGAGGAUGCGUCUGUUCUCGGGGCAGCACCCUUGCAGAGCAGCUUUACCCUCCGCUCAGACCGGUCUUAUUUCCUUGCCGGUGGCCUUGGUGGGUUGGGCCGAUCCGUCUCACUUUGGAUGGCCGAGCACGGGGCUAAGAAUCUGGUUUACCUUUCCCGAAGUGGUGGUAGCAAACCUGAAGAUGCUGCUCUCGUUCGUGAUCUCGAAGCCUCUGGCUGCACAGCACAAAUCUUCCCGGGAAGCGUGGCGAAUAUUACCGAUGUCAAGAACGCCAUCAGCAACGCGAAGCUUCCCGUUGGCGGUGUCUUGCAAUUCUCGAUGGUUCUCAGGGAUAACGCAUUUGAGAACAUCCCAUAUGAGGAUUGGCAAGCGGUUUGGGGCCCUAAGGUCCAAGGUACUUGGAAUCUCCAUAACGCGCUCGAGGGCCAGGACUUGGACUUCUUCCUCAUGUUCAGCUCUGCUACGGGUCUAGGAGGUAUGCCGGGACAGUCAAACUACGCUGCUGCGAACACAGUGCUCGAUGCCUUCGUCCAGGCCCGACAGAGCAAGGGGCUCGCUGCCUCUGUAAUCGAUCUGGGUCCAGUCGAUUAUGUCGGUUUCAUGGUUCAGAACCCAGAGGUUGCUGCUAGGAUGUCAGCUGAGGCGUUCUAUUUCAUUCCGGAGCAGGCAUUCCUGGACGCUAUCAAGCUGAGUAUGCAGAACUCGUCGGUUGAUGUGAGAUCAACGGAUCCUCUUUCUGCGUCGGGUUUUGUCAGUUCAAGCCAAAUCGGUGUCGGCCUUCGAAGCACGCUGCCUCUUUCAUCGCCAAACAACAGAGUUUACUGGAGAGCAGACUCGAGAUUCGCUCUGUACCGCAAUAUUGAAGAGAGCGGAGAUGCUUCUGAUGCGAACGCAGGCGGCGACCCAGACGACGGAGGCUUCGGGCUUUUCUUGAAGACGGCAGACGCAGAGCCGCGAUCGCUGGCCCAGGAGGACAAGAUUGCCGAAUUGGCUCAGCAUAUUGGGUCCAUGUUGUGCGACCUCAUGCUCAAGCCCCUGGAAGAUCUUGACGUGAAUCUCGGCGUUGCUGCGCUUGGUGUUGACUCUCUUGUUGCCAUUGAGCUGAAGAAUUGGCUGCGUCGAAAGUUGGUACUGGAGGUCAGCGUGAUUGAGAUCAUGAAUGCCCCGUCACUCUUGGCCUUGGCUCGUUUAGUAGGAGAGGGAUGGAUGAUUAAGAAGCGUGUUGGAACUCGGGAGGGUGACAAGUUUGUUUUUACGUCUUAA